UAAAAAAAUCAUCUGGCAGAAGGAAGGAAUACCCAUAGAGGAGCAGAGGCUACUUUUAUAGCAGUAAAGAGCUACAAGAUGGUAGCCAAAUCUCAGAUUAUUGUAUCCAGAAAUACUCUACAGUUCACCUUUUGCUUCUUUUGAGAGGAGGCAUGCAGAUUUAUGUCAAGACACUAUCAGGAAUGACCAUUCCGCUUGAAGUUGAGCCUUCUGAUACUGUAUGGCUUGUUAAAUUAAAAUUUCAAGACAAAGAAGGUACUCCACCUCAUCAGCUAAGGCUCAUUUAUGCUGGCAAACAAAUGGAAAAUGAUCGUACCUUAUCCGAUUAUAAUAUUCAAAGAGAAUCUACAAUUCUUGCAAUUACUCGUCUUCGUGGAGCACCAAGUGUAAGUCGUGAUUUCACUAUUGCAAUGGUGGAUUCUUGGCCCAUCAAUGUUUCUGUGGCAAUGCAUGAGACUAUAUCUAGCUUUAAAAAACAUACAGAGCUCAUUCUAGGUAUACCUGCACAUCAGCAACUCCUCGUUUUUAAUGGAAAAAUUCUUAAUAAUGAAGAAACAUUAAAGAACUUAGGAUUUUUUGAAAAUAUCCACCCAUCAGAAAAAUUUGAGAUAAGGCUGUUGAUCAACCCACAUCUGAAGACAACUGUUAGUGUAGUAUUAUCAGACAAUCUUACUCUGGAGUUUGAUGUAAUACUGGGUGACUUAACAGCUCAACUAAAAGAGCAAAUUGAAGCGAAGAUGAAGAUACCAGUCAGCAAGCAAGUCCUCAUUAAUAGGUCAAAUAACAAAUUAUUAUCAAGUAACAACAUUCCUCUUAGUGAAUAUUAUGUCCACGAAAAGUCAAUUAUUGAUCUUCAUGUCCACUUUUAUGUCAGAAUUUUGAUGCCCUCUGGUGAGAUGGCGUCUAUAUCAACUGUUUCAAAUGAAAGAGUAUACAAUUUAAAGCUAAGGCUGCUUCAACAAUUUGAGAUCAAUCCUUCAUCUCAAUUUUUACUUCAUGACGAUAUUGAGCUGGAAAAUGACAAGGCUUUUGCUGAUUAUAAAAUUUUUGAUGAUGCUUUUCUGAAACUGAAAGAGGUUAAAAAAUUUUCUCCCAAAGCCAAAAAAGUUAGCAAGAGUUGUCAAGAUUCAUUAGUUCAAGAUCAUAAGUUUUUGGUCUUUGAAAUAACAAAUGAACCAGUGUUGCUAAAAGCAUCUGGAAAUAAAGAACAAAUUGUCAAAGAUCACAGUUUUCAGUUUAAUUUUCUUGUGCCCUUUUCAGAUCAGUUUAAGCAAGUAUUGUUCAGAAACCAAAGGCUUUACACAAUUACUGGAAACGUGGAGCAGACAUUACUCUGGGAAGAACAAGGCAUUAGUAUCAUUGUUCCUGAAAAUGCAGUACCUUCCUCAGUCACUUCAUUUGAUAUUGCUGUCAUACCAGUAGUAAACGGAAGUUUCUCAUUCCCUCAUGAUACAAUUCCAGUCAGUGCAAUCUAUGCUAUUGGCACCUCAUGCAAGCUUGACUACCCAAUUCAGAUUAGAAUCCAGCAUUGCAUUGAAAUAGUUAAUCCUUCACAAUGCAAGCUUCUAUACUUUGCUAAAGCUGAGCAUGCUGGUUACUCACCACCUUAUGAGUUUAAUGCACUGGUAAAGGAUUCUGCGGGCCAUUUUGAAGUUGGCUCUUCAUAUGGAAUGAUAGAAACAUCUUCUUUUACUUUCUUUGGUAUCAUAAAAGAAGCUGCUUCAACACUUUGGUCUCAUGUGUGGUAUCCGCCUGUCAGCCGCUACAAAUUGUUAGCCUUUCGUCAAUGCACUGCUAAUCCUAAAGUCUGGAAUAUAUACCUUGUUGUAACACAGAAUAAUUCAGCACACAUUCAGAAUGCUGUUGAUGAAUUGACCAGAAGGUCAAUGGAAAGAAUGCCAUCAUCUGAAGCAAUAUUCUCUUUUACAGACCCUCAAAUUGCAUUUAGUGUUUUAGAAACACCUGCCAUGGAAGGAUGGCAAAUAACAAGUUAUCAAGAUCCCUGUGAAAUUCUCAAGGAAGAUGUUGAAUUAUAUUGCUGCUAUCGUGGUGACCUUCCUAAUGUUGCUAUCCGUAUUGAAGCUCCAAGACUGAAUGAAAGUUUCAUGCAUAAAAUUAAUGUAGUAGGAACAAGCAAUUCACCACAAUCAGUGACCAUUUCCUGGGAAGCAAAUUUUAGUGAUGCAGUAGACAGGCAUGUUUCAGUAUUAAGAGCAGCCACAGAUAUUGAUCAUGGAGCAGGUCCUGCUUUUGCUGACCUUAUGAAUGAUGUGGCAGCAAAGGCUCCAGAUAAAUGGAGGAGUGUUGCUAUUAUGCUUAGCAUCAGUCCUGAGCAUGUGACUGCCAUUAGCGAUCAAUAUCGUGAUGAUCCAAACUCUUGUUAUACUGCCGUGUUUCAAAAAUGGAAGCAAACUCAGAAACGUCCCUAUACUUGGAGUACUGUUGUUGAAGUCCUAAAAUCAAAUCUGGUAAAUAGACAAGACCUAGCUGAAGCUAUAACUAGAAAAUACUUGUAGAUGUUUAAAUUUUAUAAUGUGCUGCACGUACAGUACAAUAAUUUUUGUAUUUAGAUUAUGAUAUGUUACUAUUAUUUUUGUCUGCUUUUUUGGAAACCUUCUUAAAAAAUUUCUCUAAUAAUUAUA